AUGGAAAAUGAUGAGCAGAGGAGACUUGAUAGAUUUGAAAGGCUUCGACCUCCAGCAUUUAGCAGUGCUGAGUCAGAGGAUGCUCAGGAUUUUCUGAAUAAGUUCCAGCGAAUGCUUCAGACUGCGGCCCAGAGUACGCCCUGUGCUCCUUCAAUUCAGGGAUCAUCUGUGCCAGGUUCUUUUGGUACUUAUUCUGGUUCUCAAAGUCCACCUCAAAGCUUACCAUCCUUUUCAGAGAGGGGUUGCUUUGAGUGUGGAGACUUGGGCCACAUAAAAAGAUAUUGUCCCCACCUUACGCGAGGUCCAGCUCAGUAG